AUGGCCACCGCUAUCAAGCCCACUCAGAAGCCCGGCGUGGAGGAGGCCGAGGCCGCCCCGAUCCACCGCAUCCGCAUCACCCUCACCUCCAAGAACGUCAAGAACCUGGAGAAGGUGUGUGCCGACCUGAUCCGCGGCGCCAAGGAGAAGCAGCUCAAGGUGAAGGGCCCGGUGCGCAUGCCCACUCGCGUGCUGAAGAUCACCACCCGCAAGUCGCCCUGCGGCAACGGUACCAACACCUUCGAUCGGUUUGAGAUGCGCCUGCACAAGCGCCUCAUCGACCUGCACUCCCCCGCCGAGGUGGUCAAGCAGAUCACCAGCAUCUCGAUUGAGGUUGGCGUGGAGGUCGAGGUGGGUCGCAAUCAGCGGCCGGUGCAAUGCGGAGCGCUGCCAAUGUCACGAUGA